AUGGCAGCUGCUGAGGCGGCGGUGGUAUCGUCGUCGUCUUUGGAAACAGACAGAGCCCUGGUCCCUGAAACUGCCGGAACAGCCGCAGCAACGGCCGCCCCACCAGCGACGGCUGCAGCUGCGGCCGUUGCAACCGCUGCCAGAACCGGAUCCGAAGCCAGGGUCUCCAAGGCCGCUUUGGCUACUAAGCUGCUGUCCCUGAGCGGCGUGUUCGCCGUGCACAAGCCCAAAGGGCCCACUUCAGCCGAGCUGCUGAAUCGGCUGAAGGAGAAGCUGCUAGCAGAAGCUGGAAUGCCUUCUCCAGAAUGGACCAAAAGGAAAAAGCAAACUUUGAAAAUUGGACAUGGAGGCACGCUCGACAGUGCAGCCCGAGGAGUUCUGGUGGUUGGAAUUGGAAGAGGAACAAAAAUGUUGACCAGUAUGUUGUCAGGGUCCAAGAGGUAUAUUGCCAUUGGAGAACUGGGGAAAGCUACUGACACACUAGAUUCUACUGGGAAAGUAACAGAAGAAAAACCUUACGAUAAAAUAACACAAGAAGAUAUUGAAGGCAUUCUACAGAAAUUUACUGGGAAUAUAAUGCAAGUACCUCCCCUCUAUUCUGCAUUAAAGAAAGAUGGACAGAGACUUUCAACCUUAAUGAAGAGAGGCGAAGUAGUAGAAGCAAAACCCGCCAGGCCUGUUACCGUAUACAGCCUCUCCCUUCAAAAAUUCCAGCCACCAUUUUUCACAUUAGAUGUUGAAUGUGGAGGAGGUUUUUAUAUCAGAAGCUUGGUCAGUGACAUUGGCAAAGAACUCUCUUCCUGUGCCAAUGUCCUAGAGCUGACCCGAACCAAACAGGGACCAUUUACACUAGAAGAGCAUGCCCUUCCCGAAGACAAAUGGACGAUUGAUGACAUUGCACAGUCUCUGGAACAUUGCUCAUCACUUUUCCCAGCAGAGCUGGCACUUAAGAAAUCAAAACCUGAGGAGUCUAAUGAACAAGUUUUGAGCUGUGAAUAUAUAACUCUGAGUGAGACAAAGGGAGAAGAUGAUGUAAUUAAGACAUCUUAAGAUUGGUUUGGGAUUGUCAUCAUUUCUUGGUUGACAUUUGAAUCCUGUGUGCAGAAUGACAAGCUACGUGCAAAAGACAAUUAUUUCUCCCCCUGUCCCCUGCAUGAUUUUUUUGUGUGUGAAGAAAAACGUCCAUCAUUUACAGUUUCUGUCGUGUACACUUUAUCUGCUCAUUAUAAAUAGGCUUGCGAUUCGUUGUUCGGUUCUUUGCUUUACUACGAAGUGUUCUUUCAGGAUGUUACUAUGUUGUUAGAUUGGAUUUAGGAAAAUCAAAUCUUCUGAUUUUGAUCUUUCUUCAAAGUCUUUUCCCAGAAAAAGUUGAGCACAUACUCUAAUCAAAGAAAAAGGAAACUCGAGCUACGUGUCUCUUUGGUGUCACAAAAAUGUAUGUAAAUUAGUGUUACUUUGACUUUAUUUUGGCUUUCUAGUGGCUCUGUUGUAUUGAAUUCCUUAUGUUUGAAAAGGCCGUUAUUUAACUCAUGUUUUGAAGUUUACAGUUAUUGAGAACAUUUAUUUGAUAAGGCUGUACUACCCGGUAAUAGGUAUGUUUGUUUAGAUCUCAGAAACUAAUAAACUUUUAUAAUAAAUAUUUGUAACUAGAUUAUUGCUGCUACCACUAACAGAAUGUAAAUAGGAGACUAAAGAUUUAAUUAGAUUCACCUCUACUAUGAGUGGAAAGGACAGCCCUGUGGCUUAUAUUUUGGCAGCCAUGUGAUCUUUUCCUGAUGAUUUCAUCAAGAUCGUAAACCAGCCUGUACCAAGUUAUUAAGUAACAUAAUUUUUUAAAAGUAAGCUAAAGAAUGUGUCUUCAGUUUAGAAUUUCUUUUCUCUAUUUUUUAGUAUUUAUACCUAUACAGGGCAUGAAUCCCCAUGACACUGGUUUUUGGUUUUUCUUUUCUUUCUUUUUUUUUUUUUUAGUUUGCUGUUUCAAAUUACAUUUGUAGAUGUUGAGGUAGUUGCUCUGAAUUUCCGGUUACUCUCUUCUGCUCUAAAUAUUU